GGCCGGGCAUGCAGCAGCAGGCGGAAGCGCAGGACGCGCCCCCGCGCCGUCUAUUAGUAAUACAGGCAGCGCUUUAGAGGCGCGCCCCUCCGGUUGCCUACCCAUGCCGAAACAUGGGCCGGGCUCUUUUUCUUUGGUUGUGUAGUGGCGCGCAGCGAUUCAUUGCUGGCGCCACCUUCCCCACCGGAACACCUCCACCGAGCAGCCCCCUCCCCGGCGGCCUCCGCCGGGGGGUGGCUGGUUUUUAUAUUGUAAGAUCGUUUUCAUCUGAAACUGAAAGUGAGAGUGCAGCUUUGCGAGCGCGUUGGCACUAGGUGCCAUAGAUAUUGUUGUUUAAGAUUACGCUCUCUGUAGCAUAGCUCCUCGUCCGCAAUGUUGAUCAAUUCUACGAACUAUAAUUUUCCAUGUUGUGAGAACAUGAUCAACAUGAUAUUCUAGUGAACCACAAAAAAAAAAAGCUCUUACGUCGACGAGGGACCUUCAGCGCCUGCUCGUUCAAGUAGUUCUUCCUCUUUGAUUCACCGCAACCAACCUUUAUCGAGACGACUUCACUUUAGCUUUACAGACGUUGACUUUCUCAGCCAAGCAACUUAUUGCUUCAGCCUCUGCAGGUGCAGUCUGUUCCUAUGUGAAGAAGACUGCGAUAAAUAUACAUUACAGCAACACCUUGACAGUUAGAUUUGAUGCAAAAGCAAAGAGCUGUAUCGUCAGCUUCUGGAUUGCCGAAAAAUAAGAACCAAUUCUUUUGACCCUGAACUUGGCUGUUUUCUUGAACUUCCUUUUCAAAAAUACCUCUUCCGCUUUACUUUUUAUUUACAUCUGAACUUCUGAUACUUUCAAUCUAGUCCGAUCAUGGCGAUAGAUUGCUCUGUCUCGAAGUCCUAGCGCAUGAGGACCACGACAAGCAACGAGGGGCGUCAACAUCUUCAACAACUCAUAUAGCGUCACUAUGCCGAGACCUAUCAUAUCUUAUCCUCGUCGCUCCGCUUAUGAAAAGGCCGACCUUUUUUUAUACUUACUUUCUGUUUGUCUGAAACGGCACGGUAUUAACCGCUACGGCCCGCGCUUUAUGAUGUUAAGGUUAGCCUUAUCUUCACUUCUUAUGCUCGAACCCGAACGGCAUCGAUACAGUUACACUUACACAACUUUUUACACUCUCCAAAUCCAAUCAAAACAGAUUGUGAUUGCCGGUAGAAGUACUAUGAGACAGAUUGCGGCGGCGGCCGAUCGCAUCACCAGGGAUGACGAAAAAAUGAACUUCAAACUGAUAAAUUGAGUUUCGCUUUCGUUUCAAAUUCAAGGCAAGCUAUCUCUCCC